AUGACUGCGUGGCAAGCAACGACAACACAACAGCAACAGCAAGAACAACAGCGACAGCGACAACAACAACCGGCAACAACAACGUGCAACAACAACGGAGGAAACAACUUUGUUGCCGCACAGUCGCCGUCGCGUCAUUGCCAUUUGCAUUUAAUUGUUGUGAUUAUCUUGGCCUGCUGCACACGCUGGUUGUAUGGCUUGCCGGACGGACGUGCCACGUGCCGCUCGGUUCCAGGUCUGACCAAGGAUCAGCUGGAGCUAUGCUACAAGGCAAGUGAUGUAACAGCUGCUGCUCUGGAGGGCCUGGAUAUGGCUAUACGGGAAUGCCAAAUACAGUUUCAGUGGCAUCGCUGGAACUGCUCGUCUCUGAGCACGAAGAGCCGCAAUCCGCAUGCCUCCAAUCUGCUCAAGAAAGGCUAUCGGGAGAGCGCAUUUGCCUUUGCCAUUUCAGCGGCCGGGGUGGCCCACAGUGUGGCUCGCGCCUGCAGCCAAGGCCGUUUGAUGUCCUGCGGCUGUGAUCCGACCAUAAAUCGGAAGACACUCAACAAGAAUCUGCGCCAGUCGCUCGACAAGGAGAAGAAACAAUUUCUCCAAUAUCUGGAGACGAAUCAAAUCCUAACACCCGAGGAAGAGAAGAAAUACGAACGCUCCAAAAUCGCCAGUCGCUGGAAAUGGGGCGGCUGCUCUCACAACAUGGACUUUGGUGUGGAAUAUUCCAAGCUAUUUCUAGAUUGUCGCGAAAAGGCCGGCGAUAUACAAUCCAAAAUUAAUCUGCACAACAAUAAUGCGGGCCGCAUGGCCGUAUCAAACAAUAUGGAGUUCCGUUGUAAAUGUCACGGCAUGUCGGGUAGCUGCCAGCUAAAGACUUGCUGGAAAUCGGCACCCGAUUUCCAUAUCGUGGGCAAAGUGCUGAAGCAUCAGUUUCGCAAGGCCAUUCUGGUGGAUCAAUCGAAUCUUGGCAACGGUGAGCCGGUUGUGGUGCUCAAGCGAGCACGCAAUAAGAAAUCAAACGGAGGCAACGGCGCCGGUGGCUCCUCGGAUAUGGCUGGCGCCGAUGCGUCUGGCACACUGGCGGGUCACGGGACCCAGCGCGACUUGGACGCCGAACAAGGCACACGCCAGCCCAAAGGUGAUAAGAACGCGGCCCGCAUGGCACGCAAGCUGGAGACGUCGCUCUUCUAUUAUCAGCGCUCGCCCAACUUUUGUGAGCGCGACCUGGGCGCAGAUAUUCAGGGCACAGCUGGUCGAAAAUGUAAUCGCAAUUCCACGACCAGCGACGGCUGCGCCUCCCUCUGCUGUGGGCGUGGUCACAGCCAAGUUAAGGAACGACGCGCCGAACGCUGUCGGUGUAAAUUUCAAUGGUGCUGUAGCGUCGAGUGCGAUGAGUGUCAUGUGGAGGAGUGGAUAAGUGUGUGCAAUUGAGAAACGGAGGCAAUGAGAACUGAUAAAAGACUUCUCUUCAAUUAGCGGCAGCAACUAAAAUAACAACAAUAUCGAAAUACACUUAAUUUAUGCAAACA